AUGACGUGUGGCUCCGGCGCCAUAUCGACCAAGCUGGGGUUGCCUCUAGUGACCCCCCCUCGCGCUUAUCGGUACUCGUUCGACGUUCUGUUUUGCCCCCCAUCAUCGCCAUUUACGCCCGAAGGUGCCCGCUGGCAGGAGGCCCGGCUGUGUUUCUCGUCCGACGACUUCUCAAAGCUCCGGGAUUCGGUCCCCCUAGCGCGCGACCGGACCGACUGGAACAACUGGACCCUUAGGAUGUCGUUUACAAGUCGAGACGGCAUCUGGCUCGCCAACUUAUCCCGCAAUGAAGCUGCUGCUUUCACCGGCCCCGAUUCAGUAAUAAGAGUCAUUGGUUGGGUUCACCCAGAACGAGAUUCUAUCAAGAGCUCAAGGGUAUUCUACGUCAAGAACGGUCUUCUCUGGACGACGAAGCCUAUGACGUGGAAAUGCGUCAACUUAUGGAUGAGGUUAUUGAGAGGUUUAUUCAAGGUGGUGAUUGACGACGAGGUUUUGGCCAUGCAGAGCGUCCUGCGGAUGCCGGUCGCUGCCAAUCCGUGA